AUGCAGAUGCUCAGGCGCGCCUGGAAACCCGUCAUCGGCACCGCCGUCCUCGUCGGUGCGCCCUCGUACGUCUUCUACAGGUGGUACUACGCCCGCCCAUCCCAAGAAUCCUUCGACCUCCAGGUCCGCGAGCGUGGGCCCGACGGCAAGCCCGCCAUGCUCACCCGCACCUUCCCCCUUAUCUCCAAGGACCAGGCCGACGCCCGCCUCGCCGCCCACGCCGCGUUCAGCAGCGCAACUCGCCCGGACGGCAUUGUCUGGAAGCACGCGACCGCCUUCCUCGCGUCCAACGACCCCAUCGAGGACGCCAACGACAGCGCCAUCAUGCAGCGCGACGCCGCAGACCCCUCCGCCCCCGGCGACCUCCUCUUCUUCGCCGUUAUGGACGGCCACGCCGGCCCGCACACCUCCCGCCUCCUCUCCAAGGUCCUCAUCCCCGCCGUCACCCUCGAACUCUCCUCCCGACUCAAGGCCCCGCCACAGCCAACGUUUGGGCAGAGCCUUAAGUCUAUUCUCCGACCCACGGCGUCCUCGUCGCUGCCAGUCGACGCGGACCCAGAGCACGUCACGCUUGCGCUCCAAACCGCCUUCCUGAACCUCGACGCGGAGCUCACCAAUGCGCCCCUCCAGCUCCUCGCCGCGAACCUCGACAAAAUCGCGAAAGAGACGCGCGCGAUCCCAGACCUCAGCCAGCACCCGAUGGCCAUGGCCAGCAUGCUCCCCGCGAUGUCAGGCAGCUGCGCGCUCCUCGCUAUGAUCGACACUGCUCACAGUAAUCUCUACGUCGCGUGCACGGGCGACAGCCGCGCCGUCGCCGGCGUGUACGAAGAGUCCGAGGACGGCCAGGGCGUCUGGCGUGUCGAGGUUCUCUCAGAAGACCAGACCGGGCGCAACCCCAACGAGCUCAAGCGACUGCGCUCAGAACACCCGCCCAGCGAAGCAGACGUCGUAAUCAGGAAUGGCCGCAUCCUCGGCGGGCUCGAGCCUAGCCGCGCAUUCGGUGACGCGCGCUACAAGUGGCCGCGAGAAGUGCAGGAAGUGCUCAGCAAAGCCUUCUUCGAAGGCACAGACCAGCCUAUGCGUGCGACGCCCUCCCUACUCAAGACCCCGCCCUACGUGACCGCGCGCCCCGAAGUCACCCACCGCAAGCUCUCCCUCCCCUCUGCCUCUUCUGCGGCGGACGCGGACGUGAAGCCCAAAUCGACACUGCGCUUCCUCGUGCUCGCGACCGACGGCCUCUGGGACGAGCUCUCCUCCGAGGACGUCGUCGCGCUCGUCGGCGGGCACCUCGCCGGGCUCCGCGGGCGCGUCCCCAAGUCCGCGCUGCCUGCCCUCGUGCGCACCACAGGUGGCGCGCCCACCGUCUCCGGCAAGGACCGCGCCCCGCGCCGGAGCGCGCCGAGCGACGGUGCGUGGGCGUUCGAGGACGAGAACGUCGGCACGCACCUGAUACGCAACGCGUUUGGUGGCGCCGAUGAGCGCCGCCUCCGUCGCCUGCUGAGCAUUCCCGCGCCGCAUGCGCGCAGCUAUCGUGAUGAUGUCACUGUGUCGGUCGUGUGGUGGGAGGAGGGGCGCGAGGGCGACGCGCAGGCGGCGGCGGUCGCCGCGGGCGGGACGGUGAAGGCAAAAUUGUAG